UAAUAAUCAACAUGUCGAAGAGAGAAAACAAGGUCAACUACUUCAAGAAAUUGAACAACUACUUGGAUACCUACAAGUCCAUCUUCAUUGUCAAUGUUGACAAUGUCAGUUCCAACCAAAUGCAUCAAAUCCGUUUCAACCUCCGUGGUGAAGCUGUUGUUCUUAUGGGUAAGAACACCAUGGUCCGUUGUGUCCUCAAGUCCUUGAUUGGUGAGCGUCCCGAACUCGAGAAGCUCCUCAACCAUGUCCGUGGUAACAUUGGUUUCGUUUUCACCAACGCUGACCUUAAGGAAGUUCGUGAGAAGAUUGUCUCCAACCGUGUUGCUGCUCCUGCUCGUGCUGGUGCCGUUGCUCCUUGUGAUGUCAUUGUUCCCGGUGGUAACACUGGUAUGGAACCCGGAAAGACCUCUUUCUUCCAAGCUCUUGGUAUCCCAACCAAGAUUGCUCGUGGUACCAUUGAAAUUGUCUCUGAUGUCAACCUUGUCCAAACCGGUACCAAGGUCGGUACUUCCGAAGCUGUUCUUUUGAACAUGUUGGGUAUUUCUCCCUUCACCUACGGUAUGGCUGUCGUCCAAGUUUACGAUGCUGGAUCCGUCUUCACUGCCGAUGUCUUGGAUGUUGAGGAGUCUCAAUUGGUUGCCAACCUCUUGGCUGCCAUCCGUGAUGUUGCCGCUGUCUCUCUUGCUGUCGGUUACCCCACUGUUGCUUCCGUUCCCCAUUCCAUCAUCAACGGUUACAAGAACUUGUUGGCUGUCUCUGUUGCUUCCGAUUAUACCUUCCCUGGAUCUGAGCAAAUCAAGGAGUUCAUUGCCAACCCUGAAGCUUUCGCUGUUGCCGCUCCCGUUGCUGCUGAAUCCUCCAACGAUGCCCCUGCCGCCUCUGCUGCUGCUGAGGAGUCUGAGGAAGAGGAUGAUGAUAUGGGUUUCGGUCUCUUCGAUUAAAUUCCAU